AUCCCGGUUUAAACUUUGAGACUGAAGCUAACCAACAUCAUUGCUUUACUGUUAAUUAUUAUUACCAAGAACUGAGCCACUGCCAAAACCACCUGAACUAUUUCAAAGAGCAACAAGCGACUGCAGAACCAAGAGGCAAUCAAGCGCCACUGUUACACAAGCAGAUCUGUUGAAAUGGCCAAGAAGCUGCUGCUGGUGGAUGUAGACUGUGGUGUGGAUGAUGCUCAGGCAUUAAUGAUGGCCCUGGCUGCCCCCCAGGUUCAGGUGCUGGGGGUGUCCUGCUGCUUUGGGAACGCACCCAUCGAGAACGUGUGCAGAAAUACACUCAGGGUCCUGAGAGUGUGCAACAGGACGGAGAUUCCUGUGUUUCGUGGAGCAGCCUCCUCACUCGUAGGAACUCGAGCAAGCCUUCCCGUCGAUCACUUCGGGACAGACGGACUAGGCGACGCUCCAGAUGAGACAGACACAGGGACGGAGUGUGUGCAGAAAGAGCAUGCAGUCAGCGCCCUGAUCAGAAUAGUGUGUGAGCAUGAGGGCCAGGUUUCUCUAGUUGCUGUCGGUCCCUUGACUAACCUGGCCCUUGCUGUACGAAUGGACCCAACUUUCCCUCAGAAACUCAAGGACCUGUAUAUUAUGGGAGGGAACAUGGAAGGUAAAGGGAACAGGACUGUCUGCGGAGAGUUCAAUUUCGUGAUGGACCCGGAAGCUGCUCAUGUCGUUCUCAAUGAGUUUUCCUGCCCUAUGUACAUUGCCACCUGGGACUUCACUUGUCGUAACAAGUUGCCAUGGGAAUUCUUUGAUGAAUGGGUGAGCCAGGACGGUGACAAGGCUGCCUUUAUGAAGAGGAUCACGUCUAAGUGCAGGGCCUAUUCCAGAGCCACAUCCAGAAAGGAUGUGCUGUUCGGAGCUGGCUUUGUGUCCUACGACUCGUAUGCCAUGGCAGCCGCUAUAGACAGCAGUGUAAUGAGCGGGAGCAUUGAGUGCUCUGUCAGUGUGGAGCUGCGAGGAGAACUUACCAGAGGCAUGAUGAUCCUGGAUCCCAGUCACACCCUGAACAAGAAGCACAAGGCCUUCCUCAUGAAGGAGUGGGACAUGAACAAGUUCACACAGCUGCUCACGGCUGCUUUAAAGCAGAGCUGCUGAAUCACCACCCAGGACACCCUGCACAACACAAAGCAUUACUGUACCUUUAAAUAAAGCAGAGCUGCUGAAUCACCACCCAGGACACCCUGCACAACACAAAGCAUUACUGUACCUUUAAAUAAAGCAGAGCUGCUGAAUCACCACCCAGGACACCCUGCACAACACAAAGCAUUACUCUACCUUUAAAUAAAGCAGAGCUGCUGAAUCAACACCCAGGACACCCUGCACAACACAAAACCAUUAAAUAAAAUCAGAUUCUCCUUUA